AUGGGAUCUAGAGAUGUAGAAAGGGAUCGUUUAAUAAAAAAAAUUACAGAAAAAAGAGCGAAAUUAGAAGCUCGAGGUGAUCUUAAUAUCAAAGUACCAAGAUUAACCCUACCUUCCGAUUUUAAUAUACACGACAGAUCUUUAUUUUCCUUACCACCUGAAUUAUUAAAACCUAUUUUGGCUUCAGCGUAUCCGAAAUAUAGGAAACAAUUAACUAUAGACAAAAAGAGGGCUGCUGAACAACAAUCAACUUUAACAUCUUAUACUUUAUUGAGAAAACAACGAGAAGAAUACAGAAAUCGAUUAGUCAAAUUGAUUAUUGGUACGGAAGAAGAUACAACUAGCGAUGAUAUACCUAACGCGCAAGAUAGAGAAAUGCUUCGUUAUUAUUAUUACGUAAAACACGGGGUUGAUACUGUACAUGUAGCACCCCUUGACGAACAAGUACUACUUAGAGUGUUAUCUUUGGUACCGAAAAAACUGAGAAAAUGGGAAAAAACAUUAGCGGCGUGUAUUCAAGACGUGAAAGACGAUUUUAUGAUGGCCGUUAAAAAGGCUAUAGUAGAUUUCGUUUUGCAAGAUCCCGCUUUUGUGAAAGCCGUUGGAGACGAUCUGUCACCGGUAAGAAGGGAAUUGAAAGAUAUCGGAAAUAACUUCCGGCCGGCAUUCAAUGCCGCCAAAAUCAAAAUUAAAAAGAAUUUACAUUGUAUAAAUCCUUGUUUGGCAGCUGUUUUGGAUUUAUGGGAAAAGGAAUUUAAAGAUUUGCGUUUACUCGAUAUCGAAGCUUUCAAAAAUCAUCAGGGAGCUUUCGAAUUAAACGAAUUCAAAUUUACCACUAACAAACAGAUCGAAACUUGUAAAGAUAAUUUGAUGUCUAAAUAUUAUUACGCGGUUACGGAAAUAUUCUUACAAGGUAAUAAAAAAAACAGACUCCCUGAUCCUGGUAAAAAGAAGAAGAUGGAAUCUUUUUAUAACGCCGUAGCUAGCAUUAUGACUUACCAAUUGCAAGCUUUAUGUUUCAAUUCACUGGCUGAUUACGUCAAAUAUAUACUAGACGUCAAGUACCUUAAUAAAGGUUUCCAAAUUAAAUUACAACAAAGAGGUAACACUUUGGUAUUCGAACCGUCUUUUAAAAGCUUCAGAGAAGCUCUGGUAUAUCUUAUAGAUAUUAUGAUAGAAGCAGUUCGAGAUAUACCAAGAUUAGAAACCAAACUCUAUCUAGAUUGGAUCGAGGGGGAAAAUUAUUUAAAGGUUAGUUCAAUCCAUCCGAUAUUUCCCGAAGAAUUGGCCAUGGAGUAUAAAACUCAAAUUCGAAAUAUGUUGGAAGAGCAAAGGAUCGGACCCGAAUUGAGAAUACAAGAUUUCGACGAGUUUUUGCCGCUAAUUAACGGCAAAGACGAAUCGUAUGUUAAUAGUUUUUUAUCUCGAGAACAUACCUUUGAGGAAUUGGCUAACGAAAUUUUAAAAUAUAAGGAUAUAGCUGAUCGGAUACCUUUGGCAAAUGAACAUUAUGUUCGUAUUGAAUUGUACGAUAUGAAUCGAAAUGAUUUGAUUAAAGCUUUGGAAACGGCGGCCGAGAAUUUCAAAGAUAUUUUGUUACAGAAAUGUAUUAAAAAUUUGCAGGUUUUAUGUAAAAGUAUCAGCGAAGAAUAUCAAACUAUAUGUGAUAAAUCAUUGGCAGUACCUGGGGAUACCCACGAACUAAUAGCAACUAUCAAUUAUGUGAGAGAUGCCGAAGCAAUCACAUUGUUGGAACUAGAGGAUAAAUUAAGGGAUGUAAUGACGUAUAUUUUAUUUUUGACCGACCACAUUAUUUUCACUCCCGUCGAAAUGAAACUCAACAACAACGCAUUUCAAUGGUAUUUAUACAUGCCUAAAGUUCUUGAGGAGCAUCGCCAAAUGGUGGAUCAAAAAAUGGAGGAAUUCCAAGUGUUGCUGGCCCAAAAGAUAGAGAAAUUCAAAGAGGAAUUAGAAAUGUAUGCGAAAAUGGUGGACGAACUUGAAAACAACGGUAACAUCGACGAAUUACCGAAGUACCACAAAAAAGCUACAAAACUCGACGAAAGAUUAAUACACGCAAUGGCUAAAAUCGAUAGUUUCAACGAAGAAGAAGCGGCUUUCGGUUUCGAAUUAUCUCAAUAUCCAUUAAGGAAACAAGUCCACGAUAAAUUAGCUCCGUACAAAAAAUUAUACGACAAUUCCGUGGAGUUUUUACAAAAAUACGAAAUGUGGAUGAAAUCUCGAGUGGGAAGUUACGAUCCCGAAAUAAUCGAAAGCGACGUCGGUACUUAUUAUCGAAACGUUUAUAAAUUGGAAAAAUUGUUUUCCGAUCGACCGGCCACUCAAGAAUUAGCAACGACGGUUAGGGAACAAAUAGAAGAGUUCAAAGAACACAUGCCGAUAAUACAAACGUUGGGAAAUCCGGGAAUGAAGGAACGUCAUUGGGAAAAGGUUUCCGAAAUCGUGGGAUUCCCCAUCACGGUCGAUGAAAAUUUAACGUUGGAAAAAAUAAUCGAUUACGGUCUGGAUGAUUAUUUCGAGAAAUUCGAAGCGAUUUCGGAGGCGGCUACCAAGGAAAACAAUUUAGAGAAGAAUUUAUCCAAGAUGUUGGGAGAAUGGCAGGACGUAGAAUUCAGCGUUUUGGUUUACAAAGAUACAGGAACUUAUAUUAUUUCCGCCGUCGACGAUAUACAAGUUUUAUUAGAUGAUCAUAUAGUCAAAACGCAAACAAUGAAAAAUUCGCCUUAUAUCAAACCAUUCGAAAAGGAAACUCUAGCAUGGGAAGCGAAAUUACAGCUGCUACAGGAAAUUCUAGACGAAUGGUUGAAGGUACAAUCUACUUGGAUGUACUUAGAACCAAUUUUUUCAUCUCCGGAUAUCCAACAACAAAUGCCAGAAGAAGGUAGACGUUUCAGCGCCGUCGAUAAGAUUUGGAGAGAUUUGAUGAAAACUGUAUACGCGGAUCCGAAAGUACUUUCCGUAGCGGAAAUAGACAAAAUGUCGGAACGUUUAAAGAAAUGCAACAGUCUCCUUGAUCUAAUCCAAAAAGGUUUGAACGAUUAUUUGGAAAAGAAGAGAUUGUUCUUCCCAAGAUUCUUCUUCUUAUCCAACGACGAAUUAUUGGAAAUUUUAUCGGAAACCAAAGAUCCUACUAGAGUCCAACCGCAUCUCAAAAAAUGCUUCGAAGGUAUAGCCAAACUCACGUUUACCGAAGAAUUGGACGUUACGCAUAUGAAAUCUAGCGAAGGCGAGGUCGUACCUCUGGUAGACGUCAUACAAACCGCUCUGGCUAGAGGACAAGUCGAAAAAUGGCUGGUGGAAUUGGAAACCGAUAUGAAGAAAUCCGUACACAACAUGGUUAGAGCUUCGAUCGAAGAUUACCCUUUAAGACCUCGAGAACAGUGGGUGUUGAAAUGGCCGGGACAAUGUAUACAGAGCGUCGGUUGUACUUUUUGGACUACCGAAGUUACCGUAGCCAUCGGGGGCGGUUUAUCCGAUCUCAAAUCCUAUUUGGAUAAAUGUAAUAAUCAGAUAGCGAAAAUUGUGGAUUUAGUCAGGGGUAAAUUGAACGCCCAAAACAGGAUAACUUUGGGAGCUUUGGUUGUAUUGGACGUCCAUGCCAGAGAUGUAUUAUCUGGAUUGAUAACUGAAGGGGUGAAAAAUACCCACGAUUUCAAAUGGUUAUGUCAUUUGAGGUACUAUUGGGAGGAAGGGCAAAUGAUCACGUCAAUGAUUAAUAGUACUUUGAAGUACGGUUAUGAAUAUUUGGGUAAUACCCCGAGGCUUGUCGUCACUCCUCUCACCGAUAGAUGUUAUAGGACUUUGUUUGGAGCCCUACAUCUCCAUUUAGGUGGAGCUCCUGAAGGUCCUGCAGGUACUGGGAAAACGGAAACCACGAAAGAUUUAGCAAAAGCAGUAGCUAAACAAUGUGUGGUAUUCAAUUGCUCGGAUGGAUUGGAUUACAUCGCUUUGGGGAAAUUUUUCAAGGGCUUAGCAUCUUGCGGCGCUUGGUCGUGUUUCGACGAAUUCAAUCGUAUAGAUCUGGAAGUACUUUCGGUUGUAGCACAACAAAUUUUGACGAUCCAGAGAGGUAUCAAUUCCGGUAACGAGAAACUUUUAUUCGAAGGUACCGAAUUGAAUUUAGAUCCGACGUGCGCGGUUUUCAUAACGAUGAAUCCUGGUUAUGCCGGUAGAUCCGAAUUACCAGAUAAUUUGAAAGCUCUGUUUAGAUCCGUAGCUAUGAUGGUACCCGAUUACGCGCUUAUAUCCGAAAUCGAAUUGUACGCGUCCGGAUUUUUGACAGCCAAACCGCUUUCCGUCAAAAUUGUCGCAACUUAUAGGUUAUGUUCCGAACAAUUAUCCUCCCAACAUCACUACGAUUACGGAAUGAGAGCUGUUAAAUCAGUUCUGAGAGCUGCGGGUGCUUUAAAAUUGAGGUACCCCAAAGAAAAAGAAGAUAUUUUAGUACUGAGGUCUAUAAUAGAUAUCAAUUUGGCCAAAUUUUUAGAACAAGACGUUCCUUUAUUCGAGGGCAUAACUUCAGAUUUAUUUCCGGGGGUAGUACUACCCGAACCGGAUUAUGUUAUUUUGAAUAAAGCCGUUAGAGAUACGUGUAAAAUCAAAAAUAUACAAUGCACGCAGUUUUUUUUACAAAAAGUUCAACAGCUUUACGAAAUGAUCAUCGUCAGACACGGUUUGAUGAUAGUCGGUUUACCUUUUGCUGGAAAAACUACUUCUUACAGAAUAUUAGCCGACGCUCUUGGAUUGGUCGAGGAACGCGGUGGUAUGGAUGAACACAGAGCCAUAUAUACCGUCAUGAACCCCAAGAGUAUUACUAUGGGUCAGUUAUACGGUCAAUUUGAUCCUGUAUCUCACGAAUGGUCGGACGGCGUUUUAGCUGUCAGUUUUAGACAGUUCGCUAUGUCUACAACAGAUGAUAGAAAAUGGUUGAUUUUCGACGGCCCCGUGGACGCCGUUUGGAUAGAAAACAUGAAUACCGUAUUGGACGAUAAUAAAAAAUUAUGUUUAAUGUCCGGAGAGAUUAUUCAACUAGCGAACACGACGAAUUUGAUUUUUGAACCGAUGGAUUUGGACGUAGCUUCCCCGGCGACGGUAUCGCGUUGCGGAAUGAUAUACAUGGAACCGAUGACUUUGGGAUGGGAACCGUUGUUGACGUCUUGGUUAAACACCCUACCACCGUUAUUGAAUAACGAUUUUUAUAAAACUAUGAUUUUCAAUUUAUUCAUAAGAUUUUCAAAACCGCUCGUUUGGUUGGUGAAAAAAGGCGGUCUCAAGGAAAUAGCGCCUUGUCAAGAACAUAAUCUGUUAAAGGCGACCAUGAACUAUUUCGAUACAUUCAUGGACGACUUUUACGACGAAAAAUAUAAAGAUCAAGUUUCCGAUUUGGACGUUCGAGCUCAAAUAGAAGGAUCAUUUUUUUUUUCUUGUAUAUGGGGCCUCGGCGGUACUCUCGAUAUACAGAGUAGACCGAAAUUUAAUUAUCUAUUCAGGGCGUUGUUGGAAAAGGAUUUUAAUCAAGCCGUCAAAGAGGCUAUCAACUACCCUUUCGAAAUCAACAAACCGGAUAAACCUUAUAUUUUCAUGUUGCCCGCCGGGGAGACGUGCUUCGAUUACAAAUUCAUCAAAGAGGGUAAAGGUAAAUGGAAAAUGUGGUCGGACGAUUUGAUGUCAGCUCCUCCAAUACCUCGAGAUAUUCCCGUUAAUCAAAUUAUAGUAACGACUGUGGAAACUAUUAGAAAUAUGGCGUUAAUGCAACUUUUAGUUCAACAUAACAAACCCAUGAUGGUUAUAGGACCCACGGGGACAGGAAAAUCAGUAUACGUCACGGAUUUCCUUUUGAAAAGAAACAGUAAAACUUAUAUACCUUUGUUCAUAAAUUUUUCUGCUCAAACGACUGCUAAUCAAACGCAAAAUAUAGUAAUGGCGAAAUUAGAUAAAAGACGAAAAGGGGUUUUCGGUCCUCCGGUAUUAAAGAAAUGCGUCAUCUUCGUUGAUGAUGUUAAUAUGCCAACUAAAGAGGUCUACGGCGCUCAACCGCCAAUUGAAUUGUUGAGGCAAUGGUUCGACCACGAAAUGUGGUAUGACCUUAAGGAUAUAAUCCCUAUGAAGUUAAUUGAUAUACAGUUUAUGUGCGCCAUGUGUCCGCCAGGCGGCGGGGGAAAUACCAUAACCCCGCGAUUUUCUCGACAUUUUGUUCAUUUGUGUAUCGACGAGUUUCAGGAUUCCGUUUUGGUGAAUAUUUUCAGCAGGAUAAUGCUUUGGCACCUCGAUACCAGAGGAUUUUCCAAAGAUUUCGAUCCGUGCAUAGAACAGAUAGUUUAUGCAACUUUGGAGGUUUACAAGCAGGCCCGUUUGAAUUUGCUUCCGACUCCAGCUAAAUCCCACUACCUAUUCAAUUUGAGAGACUUCUCAAGGGUCAUACAGGGUGUUUUACUUUCUGUUCCCGAAGCCAUGGAAGAUCUCAUGGCUAUAAAAAGGUUAUGGGUGCACGAAGUACUAAGAGUUUAUUAUGAUAGACUCGUUGAUGAUGCCGAUAGAACUUGGAUAGUACAAGAAUUAAGAGUGGUGUGUAAACAACAACUGGAAGAAGACAUGGACGAACUUUUCGCUAGAUUGAAGAGACCUAAUUAUCCGAUUGAUGAAACGGAUUUACGGAAAUUAUUGUACUGCGAUUUCGCUAAUCCAAAAGCAGAUCAAAGACAUUACAUCGAAGUACUAGAUUUGGAACAACUGACCGCCAUAGUCGAAGGUUAUUUAGCUGAAUUCAAUAAUAUGUCGAAGAAACCCAUGAAUUUGGUAUUAUUCAGGUUUGCGAUUGAACAUUUAUCGAAAAUAUGUAGGAUAUUGAAAUCGCCGAGGAGUCACGGGUUGUGCGUCGGUGUAGGAGGAUCGGGAAGACAAUCGUUGACGAGAUUGGCUGCGCAUAUUGCGGAAUACGAUCUGUUCCAAGUGGAAAUUACCAGACAAUACGGAAUUAACGAAUGGAGAGAAGAUGUCAAAGCUAUAUUGAGAAAAGCCAGCGCGUCAGAUUUACAUGGCGUUUUCUUAUUUUCUGACACCCAAAUAAAAGAAGAAGCUUUUUUGGAAGACGUUAGUAACUUGAUGAAUUCCGGCGAGGUGCCAAAUAUUUUCACCACCGAAGAAAAAUUAGAACUUUGCGAAAAAAUGAGACAAUUGGAUAGACAAAGAGAUAAAUCUUUACAAACGGACGGAAGUCCUCCGGCUCUAUUUAAUUUUUUCGUACAAAUCACUCGAGAACAAUUGCAUUUGAUUUUAACAAUGAGUCCUAUAGGUGAAGGAUUCAGGACUAGAGUUAGAAAAUUCCCUGCUUUGGUAAACUGUUGUACUAUCGAUUGGUUUCAGGCUUGGCCUGAAGAUGCUUUAUUAGCCGUAGCUACCAGAUUUUUAAGCGAAAUCGAACUCACAGAUACAGAACGGGAAGUUUGCAUCGAUAUGUGUCAAAUAUUUCACGUGUCCACUCAAAAAUUAUCAGACGAAUUUUUUAUGAGAUUGAAUAGACAUAAUUACGUAACCCCCACGUCGUAUUUAGAAAUGAUAAAUACUUUUAAAACAUUUUUAUAUAAAAAAAGAAAGGAAGUUCUUCAAGGUAAACAAAGAUACGAAAUCGGUUUGGAAAAAUUGGAGAGCGCCGGCGCCGAAGUGGCGGUUAUGCAGGCGGCGUUAGAAGCGCUACAACCCCAAUUGGUCGUAGCCGCUGCUAAAGUCGAAGAAACGAUGAAAAUCGUCGAAGCCGAAUCUCAAGAAGCCGAUAUAGUCGCCAGGCAUAUACAAGAAGACGAAGCGGUAGCUAACGAACAAGCCAGAGAAGCGCAAGCUAUUAAAGACGAUUGCGAUGCUAAUUUAGCCGAAGCUAUGCCUAUUUUGAACGCCGCUUUGGCCGCUUUGAACACUCUAACUCCUGCUGAUAUUAGCGUUGUUAAAACUAUGAAGAAUCCACCGAAAGGAGUGAAGCUGGUGAUGGAAGCAGUUUGUAUAUUGAAGGACGUGAAACCACAGAGGGUUCCAGCUCCUAGUGGUAUCGGUCAAGUGGACGAUUAUUGGGGUCCUUCUCUGAAAGUUCUCAGCGAUAUUAAAUUUUUGGAAAGUCUCAUUCUUUUCGAUAAGGACAACAUCCCUCCGAGGAUAAUGGAUAAAUUGAGGCAUCAAAUUUUGAACGACGAAAAUUUUGAUCCCGAUAAAAUUAAAUCUGCUUCGACAGCGGCAGAAGGUUUAUGUAAAUGGGUAAUCGCUAUUUCGAAAUACGAUAAAGUCGCCAAAGUCGUGGCACCGAAAAAAGCGGCGCUAGCUAUUGCCGAAGGUCAAUUAGCCGCGGCUAUGGCCGAUUUGGAAAUAAAAAGGGGACAAUUGCGCGAAGCCCUAGAAAAAGUCGCCAAACUCGAAGCUAAAUUAGAGCAAGAAAAGAAAAAAUUCCAGACUUUGACAGAUGAAGUGAAUCUCUGUCAAUUGAAAUUACAAAGGGCGGAAGAGUUAAUUGGUGGAUUGGGUGGAGAAAAAUCUAGAUGGAGACAGAUAGCUAAAGAUCUCGGGGAAAAAUAUUUCAUACUAACAGGUGAUAUUUUGAUUGCGGCUGGAGUCGUCGCUUAUUUGGGUCCGUUUACUUUGCAAUAUAGACAAAGGCAGAUAGAGAAAUGGGUAUCGGCUCUAAUCGAUUUCGGAAUAGUUUGUUCGAGAGAUUUUCAAUUGACUGCUGUAUUGGGAGAUCCCGUAGUUAUAAGGGCGUGGAAUAUUUUCGGUUUACCGACUGAUAAUUUCAGUAUCGAUAACGGAAUUAUCAUUUCAAAUGCUAGAAGAUACGCUUUGAUGAUCGAUCCACAAGGGCAGGCUAAUAAAUGGAUAAAAAAUAUGGAGAAAUCGAAAAAUUUAGCUAUAAUCAGGUUAAAUCAAGCCGAUUACGUACGAAUUUUGGAAAAUGCUAUACAGUUCGGGCAACCGGUGCUACUGGAAAAUAUCGGUGAAGAAAUGGACCCAGUAUUGGAACCGGUUUUGGCCCAACAAGUUUUCAAACAAAGCGGCGCUCUAUGCCUCAAAUUGGGUGAUUCCGUUGUAGAAUACAGUCCAGAUUUCAAGCUAUAUGUAACGACGAAAUUGAGGAAUCCUCAUUACCUACCCGAAGUAGCUGUCAAAGUGACAUUAGUCAAUUUUAUGAUAACUAGCGUUGGCUUAGAAGAUCAAUUACUUGGUAUAACAGUCGCCAAAGAACGUCCGGACUUGGAAGCCGAAAAGAAUUCUCUUAUUAUACAGGGGGCGGAAAAUAAAAGGGCGUUGAAAGAAAUCGAAGACAAAAUCUUGAUGGUAUUGAGUACUUCGCAAGGUAAUAUUUUGGAAGACGAAACCGCCGUUCAAAUUUUGAGUUCUUCGAAAGUUUUAUCCAACGAUAUAGCCGCUAAACAAGCUGUAGCCGAAGUUACUGAAAAACAAAUCGAUAAAGCUCGAUUGGAAUACACCCCUAUAGCUGUACACGCCGCCAUUUUAUUUUUCUCAAUCGCUGAUUUAGCAAAUAUCGAUCCUAUGUAUCAAUAUUCGUUGGUUUGGUUUAUGAAUUUAUUUAAAGCUGGUAUAGAUAAUACGGAAAGAGUCGAAGACGUCGCUCAAAGAUUGAAGGAUUUAGAAAAAUAUUUCACCUAUUCGUUAUACGUCAACAUUUGUAGAAGUUUGUUUGAAAAGGAUAAAUUACUUUUUUCUUUGCUUCUUUGUAUCAAUUUAAUGAAAAGUCGUAACGAAAUUAACAUAUCGGAAUGGAUGUUUUUAUUAACCGGUGGUGUCGGUUUAGAAAAUCCCAAUAGAAACCCGACCGAUUGGUUAGUUACCAAAUCGUGGGACGAACUUUGUAGAUUGAACGAUUUAGACGCAUUCAAUGGUAUUAUGCAACAUUUCGUGAACCAUACAGAUCAAUGGAAAAAGAUAUUCGAUUCGGGAGAACCUCACAAAUUGCCGUUACCUUCUCCAUGGAAUACGAAAUUGAACGAUCUACAAACACUAUUAGUUUUACGAUGUAUCAGAUACGAUAAAAUAGUACCGAGCGUACAAAAUUUUGUAACAGGACAUUUGGGUAAACGAUUCAUCGAACCGCCUCCGUUCGAUUUACCGUCUUCGUUCGGCGAUUCCCAUUGUUGUAUACCUUUGAUAUUCAUUCUAACCCCCGGCGCUGAUCCCACGGCUGUUUUAUUAAAAUUCGCAGAUGACCAAGGAUUUGGAGCUGCGCGUCUGUUUGCUUUAUCUUUAGGUCAAGGUCAAGGUCCUAUAGCUGUCAAAUUAAUCGACGAAGGUGUCAAAAACGGUACUUGGGUCGUACUACAAAACUGUCAUUUAGCAAAAAGUUUCAUGCCAACUUUAGAAAGAAUAUGUGAAAAUUUAACACCGGAUUCGACCCAUCCGGAUUUUCGUUUAUGGUUAACUUCAUACCCAGCCGAACAUUUUCCCGUAUUGGUAUUACAAAAUGGAGUAAAAAUGACGAACGAACCUCCUAAAGGUCUCAAAAAUAAUAUUAUGAGAUCGUAUUAUAGUGAUCCCAUAUCGGAUUUGGAAUGGUUCGAAAGUUGUAAACAACCUCAAGUAUUUAAAAAACUUUUGUACGCUUUGUGUUUUUUCCAUGCAACCGUACAAGAAAGAAGAAAAUUCGGUCCGCUCGGUUGGAACAUCCAGUACGAAUUCAACGAAACCGAUCUAAGGAUAAGCGUGAUGCAACUUCAAAUGUUUCUAAAUCAAUAUGAGGAUAUACAGUACGACGCAUUAUUAUAUUUGACGGGAGAAUGCAAUUACGGCGGUAGGGUGACAGACGAUUGGGAUAGGAGAACUUUGGGUACGAUAUUAAGAAAAUUUUAUUCGAAAGAAGUAGUUGAAAACGCUAAUUACCCAUUAGAUCCAACAGGUUUAUACUACGUCCCAGAAAAAAGCGAAUACGACGACUUUCUUGCUUACACAAAAGACCUUCCGCUUAUCACGCACCCAGAAGUGUUUGGCAUGCACGAAAACGCCGAUAUUAUGAAAGAUCAACACGAAACUGAAUUACUAUUCAAAAAUACACUCUUAACACAGGACGCUAUGUCUUCAAGUGGAUCUCGCAAAUCUCCUGACGAAGUAGUGAUGGAAGUGGCAAUCGAUAUAUUAGAUAAACUACCCCCUAAUUUUAAUAGAGACGAAGCAAUGACGAAAUAUCCGACAUCUUAUUCCCAAAGUAUGAACACUGUUUUGGUACAAGAAAUGACGAGAUUCAAUAUUCUAUUGACUCAAAUACGAGAAAGUUUAAAAAAUGUACAGAAAGCCAUAAAAGGUUUAAUUGUUAUGUCGGUAAGUUUGGAAGAAGUGGUAACUAGUAUAAUGACAGGUAGAAUACCCCAAAUGUGGGCUUCGGUGUCUUAUCCCUCAUUGAAACCUUUGGGGAGUUAUAUCGGUGAUUUUUUGGCAAGGUUACAAUUUUUGAAGGAUUGGUACGAGAAUGGAGCGCCAUCUACUUUCUGGAUAUCCGGAUUUUUCUUUACUCAAGCUUUUUUGACAGGUGCCCAACAAAAUUAUGCGAGAAAAUACACAAUACCAAUAGAUUUACUCGCUUUCGAUUAUGAGGUUCUGAAAGGCGCCUACUUUAAUAAGCCUCCUUCAGAUGGCGUUUAUAUAUACGGACUUUUUUUGGACGGGGCUAGAUGGAACGAAAAAAUAAUGGAAUUGGACGAAUCGCUGCCUAAAGUUUUAUACGAAAAUGUACCUUAUAUGUGGUUGAAACCUAUGAAAAGAGACGAUUUAAAAGAGAAGAAAACCUACACUUGUCCUGUAUACAAAACUGCCGAAAGAAGAGGUGUUUUAUCGACGACCGGGCAUUCUACUAAUUUCGUUAUCGCAAUGUUCCUGCCUUCAUCGAAACCACCUUCGCAUUGGAUAAUGCGCGGCGUUGCCAUGCUGUGUCAGUUAUCACAGUAA